AUGCAUUGCAUGAUGCAUGAGAAGAUACAAUCAUACGAGUAGUAGCGUCAUCCCCCUUCAGUAAGCUGCUAUGAAAUAGUGUGUCGUUAUUUGCGGGAGAUCAAAGGCGCUAGGUAAGUCAAAAGCUGCUGCCCCAUGGAGAACCAUUUUUAUUUUUGCGCGACUCGUGCACUAAGUAAAAAAGAGAGCAGUGCUUUUCAUUUCUAAAUUCGCUUAGCAAGAAGUUUUCACCAUGGCACGGCCCUCACCGACCGUCGCAGUAGCAGCGGUUCCCGACGCCUACGAAGUUGGUACGCGCGUCCUUGUCGUCUCCGCCCCGGAUGAUGAUAGCGCAAACGCCGAUUCUGGCCGAAGCCGAACGGGCACUGUAAAACGGAUCGGGAAAAAGAAGCUCCGUGUUGAGUUCGAUAGCGGCAUAGCUUCUGAGGAAGAUACUUCUACUCGCCAGCCAGAGGCGGGCAAUGCCGGCGCAAGCGUGGGACGAGAUCAAGAUCAAGAGUCGAAAAAUGAGUGGGUGAAGCCGGAGUGCGUAAGGAAAAUUGUUGAGGUCGUCGGACCAUUUUCAGAAAAGCGGAGCCGCCCAGAGGUCGUGGUUUCUGUUGCGGAGCAAGAUGAAAGAGGAAAAGAAACACGCAUGUUGCCUAGCAGGUCUGACGCGAAGAGAAGAAAAGUUGAUGGUGGAGUCAAAGGCGGCGACGCUGUAAUUCUUGCCGAAAGUAGAACAACAGAAGGACCACAGUCGGCAACAAAACCUCCGAAGCAGAGUGAGACAUUGACCGGCCACACGACCACCAGAGCAGGAGGCAAACCACAGGUGGUGACUGCUGGGGAGAGACAAAUAAGAGCCACGUAUUCAUCGACGUCUGACGGCAAAAUAAAAAUGCAGAGCAAUCCCCCCGCAUCAAACCAGCUUUUCUGCAACCACUGCCGCCAGAGCGGGCAUGUGGCGAAGACCUGUCACUACGGGGCGGUUUCUCACCAGAGGUUUUUGCGCUGCCUGGACUCGUCCACCUGUUUCCCCCGGCAGUUUCUGGUGUUGCUUCGGCGCGCGUGCCCUGACUUUGAGGUUGAUAACUUACGGGACGGGCGGGUAGACGUGGGCGUCUCCUCUGUGUCGGCGGCGCUCUUCCGCUCGCAGAGUUUGCGGCACAACACGUCGAUUUCCCUCGUGAUGACGGGUAAUAAAAAGGUCACGGGUGAAGGUGCGUUGGAGAUGAAAACAAGUAAAUCUUCUACUUCAACGCUCGGUGCUGAUGAUGCGAAGAACGAUAAUGUGACUGAAGGGAACCCACGCUCCUGCGAUAGCAAGGCCGAAGCUUCUACUUCCCCGUCUCCGAAAACAGUCACGUUCUACGCCUCACACAUUCGCGACUUGAAGUGCGACGAUUUGUCCAUUGCUUCGAGGCUCAAGCAAGUGUCCGCAGAGACUAGAAAAAGUUUGGAAACCAGGCUGGCCGCCGAGGAAGCGGACCGCGACGCCUGGUCGCAGAGUGCGUUUCGCGGGUUGCAGACGCUGGAGCACGGGGAAGGGGCGGAGGUAAGCGAGUGUGUGCGGGAAGCGCUGGAGCUGGGGUGUUUGCGGAGGGACCGAAAUUAUAAACUUGCGCCGGGGCUUGAUCCUUCACUUGAUCCCUCUGAAAGCGGGGCCGAGAGGACGAACCGGAGUGCAAUAAAAAUGCACGAGCGCGAGGCCUUUUUCAGGGGACAGUUCUACGCUUUGAAGCAGGGAACUGACGGAGCUGAUGAAAAGCGUAUUAACACAAAUGUGCCGGCGCUACUACAGCGGGACAAGCAACAAGAAGGUGAUAUGGAAACGACCAACAAGAAUCCCAUCGUUUUUCUUUUGUCUGGUGGCUCGACGAACCAUGAGGAGAGUGUUUCUACUGAACGUACAUCAUCAAAACCCGAUGCGCUGAAAAAGCACCAUGCCGUGGGUCGCAGUUUUGAGGAGGUUCUCAGCGAGAUCAUGACCGAUGAGAAGCGGAAAAAACAGCUUGCAGACUACGGCUGCGUCUGCAUCCUUGGGGACGACCGGGGGCUGCUACCCGCCGACGAAAAAGUGAUCGAAGACACCGUCCUGAGCCCAGGUCGUGGUGGGAAUAGUAUGCAAAAAAAUUCUUGUAGUUCAUCCGCUUCGAACGACAAUGACUCGACUCGCAGUCAGGCUCAGGCCACCGACAGUCAGAACCUCUUUCGCGUGACGCUCGGCCGGGAGAUUCUGUUCACUAAUCAGUGCAUCGUGCUGCUCCACCACUACCUCGACAAGGUCUGCCACAGCUGCACCCUACCGCCCCCCAGAAGACUUGCCACAAACAACUGGGCGGGCCGCGGCCAGGCGAAGGGGGGCGCGCGCGGAAGUGGAAAUAAAGAGAGCACGGCUCGAGUGGCUAAAGGCAGCUCCGGGGACAAAAUGACGAAGAAAGGAAGCACUUCUGGGCGCGGCACGGGAGGGAAAAGUGGAUACGGUGCUAGAGGGGGUUUUUCGAACGCGAAGUGUGGAGCAAAGGGCGGGAAGUGAUGAAUCGCUUCCAGGAUAAGAUUCGACUGUUGAUUGUAAUUGUUGGGUUGAGUUACACAUUCUGAAUUCGUCCUUAGUUAUGUAUCUGUAAAGUUUGUUGUGCAACAGGAGCGAGAACCUCAAAAGCGACUUUAAUUUGUAGAAUUGGCAAGCGACUGGACGACAUAGUAUAUGCGAUAGCAU